AUGAAAUAAGAUUUAGUUAAGAACUUAGAUUCAUCAAAAUAGGGAAUCAGUAAUCACCAAAAAGCAAAUGAACAUUAUAAGAAAUCACAAGUAAAAUGAUUCACCAUAAUAAAUAAGUUUUUAAAAGAAAAUAAUAAGAUUGAAGAAGCUAUUAACGAAGUUAGUAAUUCUUUAAAAUUUAAUACUUAAUUUAACGAAGCCUAUACUUUAAGAGGUAUUGUUUCAAUAUAUAUUUUAGGGGAAUUAUAUUUAGAAAAAAAUUAAUUAAAGGAAGCAUUUAAUGAUUUUAAUAAGGCAAUAGAACUUAAUUAAACAGCAUCAGAAAACUAUUAUUUUAGAGGUAUUAAUUAAUUAAAAUCUUAGGAACUAUCUUUUGGAAAUAAGAAAAGUUUGAAAAAUCCUUAGAAGAUUGUUAGAAAGCAAUAAGAUUAAAUCCAAAAUAUGCGUUAGCUUACAAUAGAAUAGGUUUGAUAAAUUAAAUGAAUAUAAGGAACUGUGUUGGUUGAUUAAGGAAAAUAAUCAGAUGCUAUGGUUUAAUACACAAAAGCUAUAGAGAUUGAUCCUAAAUGUGAAUAUGCUUAUAUGAAUAGAGGUAAUAUAAUAUUUAAUAAUUAGGUUUGUUAUUUGAAGAUCUAAAAUAAAAUGAUAGAGCUUUAGAUGAUUAUAAUACAGCAAUAAAAUUAAAUCCAGAGCGUUCGGUUGCAUAUAAUAAUCGAGGUUUAAAUAUAUAUUUUUAUGAAUAUAGGUAUCUUAUUAUUUUAUAUUGGGAAAUUCUAAGAAGCUCUUAUGGAUUAUGAUUAAGCAAUAAAAAUAAAUCCUUUAAAUGUAGGUGUUUUCAAUAAUAGAGGUUAAAUCGAAUCUCAUAUUUAGCUCGUUUAUUUUCGAUGAUUGGUUAAUAAGAUAAUGCUCUAAAAGAUUUAAAUAAGGCUUUAGAAAUAAACCCAGAACAUCCUAAUUCCUUUAAUAAUAGAGGUAAGAGAAAUUGUCUAUAUUGUUAGGAUAAUUAUUUUCAGAAAAAGAAUAAUAUGAUUUGGCUAUUAAGGAUUUCAAUAAAGCAAUAGAAUUAAAUCCCUAACAUGCUUUGGCUUAUUUUAAUAGAGGUAUUCGAUUGAAUAUAAGAAAGCUAAUCUUUAUGAAGUAACUGAAUAAAGAGAAAAAGCUCUUAAGGAUUAUAAUAAAGCAAUAGAACUUGAUCCUGAGUAUCCAAGUUCUUAUAACAAUAGAGGUAUAUUAUUUAAUAGAAUAAAGGCAUGCUUUUAAAAAUAAUAGGUAAAAGUGAAGAAGCCUUAUAAGAUUAUCAAAAGGCUAUUAUGUUAAGCUCAAAUAAUCCACUUUAUUUUGCUAAUAUUGGAGAUAUUUAUUAUUCUAAUUAAUCUUAUCAUUAGGCUACUUAGUAUUAUAAUCAAUCUUUACUAUUAUUAUAAUAGUUAACUCUUUAACUUCAAACUGAACUGAAUUUAACUAAUGAUAAUCUUUCAUUUAUUAAAGGAAAAAUUGAAAUAUUAUUAUUAAUAUAAUAGGAUAUUAAUAAAAUUAAAAGUGAUCUUGAGUUAUUACCUGGAAAAUUCCAAAAAAAUAAAAAAGUUUCAAUAUUAUACUCUGAAAAAAUUAAUAAUAUUGAAUAACAAGUUAUUAAGAAGUUAAAUACAAGUUCCUCAAAAGAAUAUUAAUAUUAAUAGUAGAAUUUAUUAGAAACAUUAAGAGAAAUGUAAUUAGAUUUGAAAAUUGUUAGAAAAGAAAUUAUUUAACUUAAAUAAGAGAAUGUAGAAUUAAGAUAAAAAAUUUAGUAACUUGAAUUCUAAGAUAGAUAUAUAAUUGAUUAAUCUAUGGUUGAACUCAAAAAAUAAGAAAAUUAACAUUAAUUUAUUUAUUAUAAAGCUUUAUUUUGGCGUUUAUAUUAUUAUUUAUAAGCUAUGGCAUAAAUAUCUACUGAUUUAUACUAAUUUAAUAAGGAUGCUAUGAUAGAGAGUACUUCUGAAAAUGUUAUGAAUAUAGUUUAAAAGGUUUUUAAUGUUGGUACUUCUGCUUUAGGAUCAGUACCUAUAGUAGGAAAUACAUUUAUGAUAAUAAAUGCAGCUUUAGAUUUUACAUUAGAGUAUAAAAAAGAAAAUAAAUUUAAAAGAAGAUUAAUACGGCUUAAUAAUAUACUUAGAAUAUUUGCAAUUAAUCCAUCUGAUUUAGAAAUAGAAGUACAAAUGGCAGCAAUUUAAUUAAGUAAAUAAUAAGAAAAGAAUUUUAAAUAAAAAUAAAAAUCUUAAUUUACAGAAUUUGUUGAUUAACUUGCCCAAAAAGAAAAUUAAAUCUAUGAAUCAAAUUUUCAUUGGUAAAAUGGAACUGAAGAUGCUUUAUACAUUUUAAAAUAUUUAGAAGAAAAUAAUAGUUAAAUAUUAGGGGAAAAUUUUGAACAAAAAAAAUUAAGAGAAAUACUUGUUGAAGCAGUCAAAUAAAAUUAAGAAGAUUACAUAAUUUCAAGUUAAAAUAAUUAAAGUAAAUAGGUUGAAAGAGUUUCUUCUGGUUGUUCACCCUGUCUUAUUUAUUGA